UGGAACGCUGACCCUGGAAUCAACAAAAUAUUACGAAUAAGAUGGCGCUUAUGGAAUAAACCCUUUAUGUUGUUACUCCAGAUUUUUCUGUAAAAUUGGUUCAUACGACUGGCUACUGAGUAUAUUAUCUGAUUUGUAGCAUCGAAAAUUCUAGCGCAAUGGCUGAUUCUGGGGAAAAAGAAUCGGCAGAGUCUAUGCUGGCAGAAAUUGAGAAGAAAAUUACAGAUGCUUUUGAAAUCUUUGACCAUGAAGCAAACAAAACAGUUGAUGUUAGAGAAAUCGGAACAAUUGUGAGAUCACUAGGAUGUUGCCCAUCAGAAGGAGAGUUGCAUGAUAUGUUGGCUGAGAUAGAAGAAGAGGAACCAACAGGUUACAUACGCUUUGAGAAAUUUUUACCUAUGAUGACACAUGUUUUGAUGGAACGGAGAUAUAAACCUUCACCUGAAGAUCAGUUGCUCAGGGCAUUUGAAGUUCUUGAUCAGGAUAAGAAAGGAUGCUUGUCUCAAGAAGAAAUCACAAAGUAUAUGACUGAAGAAGGAGAACCUUUUACACAAGAAGAAAUGGACGAAUUUCUCUCUGCUGCCGUUGAUCCUGAUCGUGGCGUUGUUUUAUACAAAGACUAUGUUUCUUUAAUGGCUAUUGAGGAAACUUGAUUAAAUUAUAGCGUAACCUAAAACUACUCCAUAUUGUAAACCAAAGUAUUAAACCUCCAAGUCAUUUGUUAUUAAAAAAAAUGAUUUAAUAAAAUUGAAGCUGUUUACUCUUGUUGGCCUUCAUAAAAAGGUACUUAUUGCUGAAUGUUCAUAACUUGAUGGAAUGUAUAAAUUUUAAAUUAACCACAUGACUUCCUCAGACAUCUUGAAGUUCAACAUAAACGCGUCAAUUUCUAAACAAUAGGCAAAAAGAAAUUUUACGCCCCGAAGAAUAAGUGUCUUACAAUUACGGUCC